AUGGCUCUCUCAGCAACAGCUCCACUUUUCCUUAUUACUUCUGUAACCCAACAUCUGAAUAUGCCUGACUAUGUUCUAGUAUCUGGAUCUCUAAAUCGUCCAAACUUACAUUUUUCUUUGGAUUCAUCCACCUCUAUUUCGUCAGUCUUCCACUUGUUAGCUUCUAUGUUGUCCUCUGUAAAGCAUUCUAAAGAUAUUCCAAAAACUCUUAUAUUUUGCAGAUCAAAGGAUGUUUUGUAUAAAGUGUAUAUUCAUCUUGUGUACAGCUGCAGUAGUAUAACUAGGGGUACAGUAGGACAAUACCAUGCCACAAUGACACUUGAGGGGCGAUCUCAACACUAUGGAGAAUUCAAGUGUGGCAAGCAGCGAGUCAUGGUAGCUCCUAGUGCGUUUGGCCUUGGUGUAGACAUUGAUGACAUCAGUGAAGUUAUUCUAUUCGGUUUGCCAGACAGUGGAUCUGAGCUUGUGCAACUUGCUGGACGUGGAGGGAGAGAUCCACUAAGGUUGUGCCUUGUUCGGUUUGUGGCACACUCUCAGGACCCUAGGCUGUCAGUGUGCAACAACGAAAUUGUGACUCUUGCCUCAAAUAAGGUCUGUUUGAGAAGAGUUCUUGUUUACAAGAUUUUGCAGUCAGAUGAGCCAUUACCUGAUAGUGAUUUGUGCUGUUCGUUUUGCAAUGCAUCUGAUGAGCGACCUCAUAUUUUUCAGCAAGAGGUGGAUUGCACUUUACCACUUCCUCUUAUUCCAUGCAGAUCUGCACCGUUGAGAUCACGUCGUGUUGUUGCUGGUUAG